CGUCUUGGAUCCUUCAAGAUGCUGACUGCAAAAGCAAUUGAGGCUAACGAUGGGAAGCCACUACCUCUGUAUCAGAAGGCUCUGUGUGGUCUUACAGCUGGUGCUAUUGGUGCUUGCGUUGGUAGUCCAGCUGACUUGGCGCUUAUCAGAAUGCAAGCUGAUAACACCUUGCCGUUAGCUCAGCGGAGGAACUAUACCAAUGCUUUCCAUGCGCUUUACCGUAUUAGCGCUGAUGAAGGAGUUUUGGCGCUUUGGAAAGGUUGUGGUCCCACUGUGGUCAGAGCUAUGGCUUUGAACAUGGGAAUGCUUGCUUCUUAUGAUCAGAGUGCUGAGUACAUGAGAGAUAAUCUCGGUCUUGGGGAGACUUCUACGGUCGUAGGAGCAAGUGCUGUUUCGGGAUUUUGUGCUGCCGCUUGCAGUCUUCCAUUCGACUUUGUCAAGACUCAGAUCCAGAAAAUGCAACCGGACGCUCAGGGUAAAUAUCCAUACACGGGUUCGCUAGACUGUGCCAUGCAGACCUUAAAAUCAGGAGGACCUCUGAAAUUCUACACAGGUUUCCCUGUGUACUGCGUCAGGAUCGCCCCUCACGUCAUGAUGACAUGGAUCUUCCUGAACCAGAUUACUAAGUUCCAAAAGACCAUUGGUAUGUGAUCUUCAAGCCAUCCUUGUGAAGUGCGGAGCCAAUAAUAAGACGAGAAGAACGAAAACACAAUUGGAAUUGUGUUCUUUUACCUUUUUAACAAUAUACAUAUGCCUUGAAGCAUUAUUUGAGACUUAGAUAUUUUUUUUUGUCGUCGUUGAUUGGUCCGUGAACUUUUAAAUUUUUUAAAUUUUGUUUAAGAUUUUUGGCCAUUAAGUAACUUCAAAACUACUGAUGCAUCGAAAUAAUAUUUUUAUUUACUUGGUUAA